GUCAGGGAGAGGUAUAAAAGGUUAUUGUCACCCUCUCUGGGGGCUAAUACAGUAAGAGUCUGAGGAAUCAGGGAAGACUAUAGCUGUAUCUGGGAAUAUACGAUGCUGGUAUCCCAAAAGCAUGUGCAGGCCGUUGCUGUCAUGGUUCUUGUCGUCUUCACAGUCGGUCACUGUCAGGAGAAUGAAAGCAGGCGAGCGGUAACGGAGCACCAGCUGAUGCAUGACCGUGGCAGGACCAUCCAGAGCCUGAAGAGACUCAUCUGGUUGUCCAGUGCCAUGGAGGGGCUCCACACCGCCCAGACCCGCUCCUCCUCCCUGCUGCCCCCCACCGCACUCAACCCCAUCCCGCGCUACACCCCGGGCCUCUCCCCUGCCCUCAAACCACACUCUGCUGGCUCACAAUCUGGGGAGGCCAGCAACAACCACAAGGGGUCACUGGAGAGACUUAUGAAAAACUUCUUCAGCCCCAACCUCAUGGACCUCUAUGAGGGGGAACCAUAGACCCCGCAACUCCCGAACCAUCUCUAUUUCGCAUUCUGUGUCGCUGCUUUGAUUGUCAAUGAGUAUGUUAGCCUACUAAAAGUCUGCACAUGAAAGUAAAACAGACCAUGACUUUUAUUCAUGGGUAUCUGCUUUGAGCCUGCUAUUUUUGGCAUGUUUUUCACCCAUCAGAUCUCUCAGCCUGGUCUCAUAGACUAGACGUAACAUAGUAAAUGUAAAUCCGGGACACUCAAAUAAACUAAAGUAGGGUGGGUGAGCGUGUAACCCGAAUGUCUAGCAACCUUAAUGUUGCGAGUUUGAAUAUCAUCAAGGACAACUUGAGCAUUUUUGCUAAUUAGCAACUUUCAACUACUUACUACAUUUUAGCUACUU